CUGGCGACAGGUUAUACCGUAUAUUGAUGUGGACAACUAUAAUGCAUACCGUUUGUUCAAUGGUAUAUUUUCUGUACACCUGAACAGCGCUGUAAACGAGAAAAGCAAUAUGUAUAGGAUCAAAGAUUACAUGUAGACUGUGUAUCGAACUGUCAAGGAGUAUCCACUGUGUAUAAAACUGUCAUUCACCUCAUACGUUCAUGGACAGAUGUUUUUCCGGACAUAAUUUCUUAACGUAGAAAGUGUUGUUCGCGGUUUCUUGUCGUACAAAUAUGAAAUAACCAGUGAUUUUUAUCUUACAUUUAUUACAACGUUUAUUGCAAGGAAUUACGCUUGCUCCUUCAGAAUGGGCUGUGUUCACACAACGUCAUCCAAAGAAGACAACACGGUGAAAACCUUGUAUCUACAUCGUAAACUAACGAGGAAGUCCCGCAAACACGCGUCCGGCGGACAAACCACGGGAUCAGAGCCCGAACCCGCUAACCCGAAUGACCUUUCCAUCCCUAGGAAUUACUCUUGUGCAAGCAUCCUGUCUUUGGAUUUCCCCGUGGAAGGGAAGGAAUAUUUUAAGUUCCCCCGCUGGCGGGGUUACAAGAUGUGUAACGUGUGUGACAAGGACGAAAAGAUAGAUAUCACACUGACGAUGGAAACAGCCAAACACAAGUUAUGUAACCGAUGUAUGAUGAUCACAGAAAUCAGGAACAAUAUGCAAUCGUGUGCGAAGUCCAAAGUCAGCGCAACGGCUUUUGCUAACCUUUUGGCUUUGACUGCACUAGACUUGUCUGCUCCAGCGAGUGAUGCGUUAGUGAAAAACAGAAAGAAUGCCUGGAUACAGCUAGCAGGUCACCCAGGUGCCUUUGCUCCGGCAGGCCCCAGUACAAUAUGGAAGAGGAGGAUCAACAGUAAAGACAGCACAGAGACAAAGGCUUACGAGACACUGAUGAAGGAUCCUGCUCACGACAUUGUACCAGAGUUCUUCAGAGAGGUGGAAUAUAAUGGAGAAUAUUUUAUAGAAAUAGAAGAUCUUUUACAACAUUUUAAUAAUCCAAAUAUUAUGGAUAUAAAAAUUGGAAAAAGGACGUUUAUGGAAUCUGAAGUAAAGAAUCCGGUCCUCCGUAAAGACUUGUACGACAAGAUGGUUAAACUGUGUCCGGACGCCCCGACCCCCGAGGAACACAGCCAGCAGGCCAUCACCAAACUCCGAUAUAUGCAAUUUAGGGAGGAGGAGAGUUCUACCGCAGAUUACGGCUUCAGGAUAGAGGCUAUAAGGGUGUCGGGUGAACCUCCUACAACAAAUUUAAAGAAAGUGAAAACGGUGGCACAAAUAGAAAGUAUUCUAACAAAAUUCAUACAGGGUCAAGAUUCUGUGCGGUCCAAGUUUCAUAGUAGACUAAAAUACAUCAAAGAGAAAUUCGAAUCAUCUACAUUUCUUAUGUCUCACCAGAUUAUUGGAAGUUCUAUUCUGUUUAUGUUUGAUGAGCACGGGAAUACUGGGGCCUGGAUGAUUGACUUUACUAAGACUGUCCCUAUCCCACAAGGCAAAACCCUGACACACAGGGAGGACUGGGUCCUGGGGAACUGUGAAGAUGGCUACCUCUUUGGUGUGGACUCAUUAAUAAAGAUAUUUGAAAACCUUGACUGCUGUAAGAGUUCCUCUAGGAAUAUUAACACACCUCACAACCAGGAGGAUGGGUAAUGAUGGUUUGAUGGUAGGGAAUCCGCAAUAAGCCCCCAACUCAAGAAUCUCAAAGUGCAUCUGGGACCACUAAAGGACAGAGGUCUAGGAGAGUUGCAUGCUAGCAGUGUUCAUGAUAGGAGAUAUGGCAAGCCAGUGAAGACCUGUGUUUGUCAUUAAUCCUGACCAAAAUUGGGAUCAGAUUUAAGUUUUAUAACGUUGAUUUUAUAGAUGCAUUAUCUGCAAAUAUCCAAAUCAAUAUUGAUAUACAGUCAAGUAUGACUUGAACAAGAUAUUAAAUGUAAAAAUAAAAAGUAUCUCUAUGAUUUCACUUCACCCAAGUUAAAAGCUCACCCAAGUUAAAGGCUCAAGAAGCUUCCUGAUUGGACGUUCAAACAGUAUCCCUAAUUUCUUCACUACUGGGUACAUCCAUUUAACAAACAUCAUCAAAACUUUUCGAAAAUUUGAGAUUUUUUUUUGUCGUGUAGAUUGAAACUUUCAUACCCCAUCGGUAGGGUUUGUCCUUAAAUCAGAUUCAAACAUUAAAGAAAAGGCUUUAAACUGACACAUGUAUUCUACAGAACACCAAAGCUACUACAUACAGUAUUAGUCAAAUUAAGAUACAAUAUAGAAGCAUCCUCAUAAAGUAAGAUUAAUAAUCGCUCUAUUCACUGUAAAAUUUUCUUUUAUGAUAAUUGUAUUUUCAUUCAGAAAACAAAAUAAAUAAUUAAAAAUUGUCCACAAGAACAGCAUACUUUGAUGUGCAGUAGUUGAUUGAAAUUGCUAAUUAAAGUAAGAGUUUACCAAGGGAAUAACAGAGUUACCUUUCUUGUCCUUGGGUCUUAAAACCUUAAGCAGUUGCCAAUAGCAAAACUGCAUUUGUCAGAUUUUAAAUUUAUGCAAGCAUUCUCAUAUUCCAUUUGAUAGAAAUUACUCUCAAUCCUCAGGAAGUCUUUUAGGCCCUAAGAAAACUUGGUUUUGAAAAAUCAUUUUUAAAAAGAUACAGGCUUCUUAAUGUAUAGUUAGACAAUAAUUUUGCUCAAUUGAUAUGUAAGUAUUAUAUAUAAUUAAACUGAAUAUCAGUGUAGAGAACAAUGUCUUUCUCUUAAGGCCAUGAUAUUUAUUUAUGUUAGUUAUUUGUGAGACACAGGCAAACAAUGUGGCCCAUGAACCUAUUGUCUUAAGAACACAACCUAUAUUUAGACGGCGAUUAUAAUGAUUGUAUGAAACUUUUUAUGAGUGAUAUAGCAUAGUUAAAUUUUGUAUAAAUCUGUUUAUAUUUGUUUCAUCUACCAUGACAGUGACCUAAUCGAAUAUUUAUAUAGGUCAAACUUUUUCAAAAGUGAAGUAAAAAAGGGUAGCAAUUUUGCAAGUGUAAUGUUUCAACACAGUUGCCUUUAAGGUAUCAAUGUUUAAAGUCUCAAUAUGCACUACUGAUGUAGAACUUUUUUCUUGAUUUUAAGGUAUAUUCUGUAGGCUUUAUUGAACAAUGACCACCAAAUGGUCUGUAUUAUACAUAUUUGUGAUAUUACAAUGUAUUUUAAUAAGUACUAUGGAAUCAUUUUAUCUGAGGGCAAAUUUUAAUGGACCGCUAAAAUAUUUUCAGUACCUCAGGAUAAAGAAUUUAAUAUUAAAAACCUAGAUUGAGGAAGCACUAAACUGCUCAAGGAAAAGUUCUAGUAUCAGGGUAGUUUUAGGCUGUUGUGGUGAUUAGCUCUUUUAUGUAAAAUAAAUUACCCUGGUACAUAGAAAUCUACAGUUAAUGAAAUUCAAAAGAACAAUUUUCUCAUUGUCCUAAGAACUUUUUUUCAUUAGUGGUUAGAGCUUCCUUAGAAAUCAAUAUUCCUGGAGACAGUUUAUUAGAUUUUUGAAAUUUGACCUUUUAUGACACUAAUAAUUCCACAGUACAUCUUUUAUACUUUUUUCUACCAGUAUAUUAAACCGUAAUGAUAUUUGCAUUCAGUAAGUGUGCUGAACAGUUAAUGAUACUCUGUGUAUAAGUCAGUAUCUUGAAAUGCAGGUUACUGGCCUGUAAUGUAAACCAACUUUUUAUUCGUCUAUGAGAAAUAUUCAUGAUUUUAGCAAUCUUUUUAAAACUUACAAAUAUUUUUCUCUACAAACCAAUUGUGUGUUUAUGCUCAACACACAAGUAAAUUUUGUUUCCUUAGAUGCAGUCGUGGAUUGGUUUCAAACUGACCAAUCACCAAUAAAAGAUGCCAUGAAUGAAAUUUAAAAAGUUUACAGUAAAUUUUAAUAUGAAGAUGGCUUUAAAUGUUACAUUUCUUGUUCAACAUUAAGGUCUUGCAUAUGUGUCGUAUUCAAUACAUUUGUAUGCAUAUAAAAUUAUAAAUAUUGUUGCAGUGCAUUUUUUAAUGAACAAAUUGUGCUGAAUGUGCAUUACUUAAAAUAAAUAUUUACCAAAAAAAUUAAA